GGGGGCUGCCUCUCACAAUGGCAGGCUGCACGGGCGCGGGGUCACCGCCCGCUGCUGAGUCGCAGUAGCUGCGGUGGGAGGAUCAGCAUGAGGCGCUCCCUGCCCCAACGCGGGAGGCUUCGGGCUGUGCUGGUGGAUGUGAGGACGCCGGCGCUUGUCGAUGCGUGUCUAACAGCAUGGAAACGUAGGUUUGAAUCCAUUUCUGCUGCAGUGUGUAGGAGCAACUUGAAGAUCAUCUUACACCUCAGCUUACCACAAACUGCAAACAGCAAAAUGACAGUCAGGUGAUUCAUGGCAGGGGACGUGGAAGGGUUUAGCUCCUCCAUCCAUGACACCAGUGUCUCUGCUGGAUUCAGAGCACUGUAUGAGGAGGGAUUGCUCCUUGAUGUCACACUUGUCAUUGAAGACCACCAAUUUCAGGCUCAUAAAGCACUGCUUGCCACCCAGAGCGAUUACUUCAGGAUUAUGUUCACAGCUGACAUGCGAGAACGAGAUCAGGACAAAAUCCAUUUGAAAGGUCUGACAGCUACAGGCUUCAGCCAUGUCCUCCAAUUCAUGUAUUACGGAACUAUUGAACUGAGUAUGAACACUGUUCAUGAAAUCCUUCAGGCUGCCAUGUAUGUCCAGCUUAUAGAGGUGGUAAAAUUUUGCUGCUCUUUUCUCUUAGCUAAAAUCUGCCUAGAAAACUGUGCUGAAAUUAUGAGACUUCUGGAUGAUUUUGGUGUAAACAUCGAAGGAGUCAGGGAAAAAUUGGACUCUUUCCUGCUAGAGAAUUUUGUGCCGCUCAUGUCCAGACCUGACUUCCUUUCAUAUCUGAGCUUUGAAAAGCUCAUGUCUUACUUGGAUAAUGAUCAUCUGAGCAGGUUUCCAGAGAUAGAGCUGUAUGAAGCUGUUCAGGCCUGGCUGCGCCAUGAUAGAAGACGCUGGAGGCAUACGGACACCAUCAUUCAGAACAUCAGGUUUUGUUUGAUGACACCAUCCAGUGUUUUUGAGAAGGUAAAAACAUCAGAGUUUUACCGAUACUCCCGGCAGCUGCGACAUGAGGUUGACCAAGCCAUGAAUUACUUUCAUAGCGUUCACCAGCAGCCUUUGAUGGAAAUGAAAUCCAACAAAAUUCGUUCUGCCAAACCCCAGACUGCCGUGUUUAGAGGAAUGAUAGGACACAGUAUGGUAAACAGUAAAAUUCUUCUCUUGCACAAACCGAGGGUAUGGUGGGAACUAGAGGGUCCUCAAGUACCUUUACGACCAGACUGCCUUGCCAUUGUGAAUAACUUUGUGUUCCUGUUAGGUGGGGAAGAACUGGGGCCAGACGGUGAGUUUCAUGCUUCAUCCAAAGUGUUUAGAUAUGACCCAAGACAGAACACUUGGUUACGAAUGGCAGACAUGUCUGUCCCGCGUUCCGAGUUUGCUGUUGGAGUUAUUGGGAGGUACGUUUAUGCAGUGGCUGGGAGAACCAGGGAUGAAACCUUUUAUUCAACUGAACGGUAUGAUAUUACUGAAGAUAAGUGGGAGUUUGUAGAUCCCUAUCCAGUCAAUAAAUAUGGACAUGAAGGAACUGUCCUGGGUAACAAGUUGUAUAUCACCGGUGGAAUUACGUCAUCUUCAACUUCUAAGCAAGUGUGUGUAUUUGAUCCCAGUAAAGAAGGGACAGUAGAGCAGCGAACAAGGAGGACUCAAGUGGUCACUAACUGUUGGGAGAACAAAUGCAAAAUGAAUUAUGCAAGAUGCUUUCACAAAAUGAUUUCUUAUAAUGGUAAGCUUUAUGUCUUUGGUGGUGUCUGUGUGAUCCUCAGGGCCUCCUUUGAAUCUCAAGGGUGUCCAUCUACAGAGGUUUAUGACCCUGAUACUGAUCAGUGGACUAUAUUGGCUUCUAUGCCGAUUGGUAGGAGUGGUCAUGGUGUAGCUGUUCUGGACAAACAGAUAAUGGUUCUUGGAGGCCUCUGUUACAAUGGUCAUUACAGUGACUCAAUUCUCACCUUUGAUCCAGAGGAAAACAAGUGGAAAGAGGAUGAAUACCCAAGGAUGCCCUGUAAGCUGGAUGGCUUACAGGUCUGCAGCUUGCACUUCCCUGAAUAUGUUUUGGAACACGUUAGACGUUGCAGCUGAAACAGAAUAAACACACGCGGUGAAGUAUGAAAAGCUGAAUCUUAUUUGUCAGAAAAAAAGUAGUAGAUCAUUCCGAAAGUAAUGCCUCCCAUUUAUUUCCAUGGAAAGUACAACAUUUACAAGGAGCACAGUAACAGUCCUUGAUUGAGCAAGUUCUUGGCUGCAAAACACUAUUUUUCACCAUAGUCACCAUUGUGGGCUAUGCAUUCUCGACAGUAAUGAACAAGAGCCUGCCUGCUGUGCUUAGGAAAAUCUGCUCCAGCGGAGGUGACCCACUGUUCCAUGGCAGCUGUGAUGGCGCAGUUCAUAGGAAAGUGUUGUCCAUGCAGUCUGUCUUUCAUUGGUUUGAACGCAUGGAAGUUGGAAGGCCCCAAGUCCAGAUAAUAGGAUUGGAUGUGGUGGAACAAUCCAGCCUGGAUUGGCAGCAUGAUCCAUGGUCUUCAUGCUAGUAUGGGGCAUGGAGUUACCGUGUUACAGGAGAAAGGCUGUCUUCUUUUUAGGUUUGUGUUGCAUCCUGUCUAUCAGCUAAUUGUCAUGGCAACAGCUUUGCACUGCAGGUGUUUGAUACAUACCAAGCACACCCCAAAAAGUCAUAAAGUGUUAUUUGUUGAUCUUUUACAGCCUGACUGUGGAAGUUUGAGCCUUCAGCUUUAUCAGUGUCAUGAUGGAGUGGUCAAAGUGGAUGGUUUAUCUGGGUUUCAGGAAAUCCAGAAAGACUGCUGCUUUCCUAUCCCAAAAGACCGUGCAAAUAUUUUGCCUGCUGAGGGCUGCAUCCUGAACUUUUCCUUUGAGGAAUUCACGCUCAAUGAACUGCUGUUUUUGACACUGGCUCAAAAUUUUGGCAGCAAAUCUCAUCACCAAUAGUGACGCGAUCCAGAAAACCAUCACUUUCAGCCUUGCGUUGGAUUCCUGGUCAUAACUCACUGAUUCACACAGAUGGUUUGAUGCUCCUCAUUUCAUGACGUGACAGCUGUGUACAGCCAUCUGGAACGUAGCUUGUCUUUCACAUCGCUUACCACUGCUGAAACACACCACCCACUGCCUCGCUGUGCUCACAUCCACUGUUGAUCUCCAGAAAUGUUCAGCACGUGUCAGUGAAUGCCAAUGGGUGCAAUUGUUUCCUGUUUUGUUGGAGGAAUUCCAAUCACAUGCACUUCACACCCACUUCCUCAGGCUGCCCCUCUGCUGCCAUCUGUCACGAUGGACUAUUGGAGGGAAAGCGCAACCUCUAGUGCUGUACCACCGCCAUCUGCCUCCAACAUUGUUGUCCAAUGUAAAACAGCAGGAGGCAUUACUUUUGGAGCAGCUAACAUACAAUCUAAUUUAAUUCCUUCAGAGACAUUAGCAUGUUGUGUGCUAAAUGAUUAAGAGAAACAGGAUAUACAGGGAGAAUAUUUACCAAGUUUAUUAGAAAAGCCAAUAGUUGGUCUGAUAUUGUAAAAGUUGUGGGAUUUUUUGUUUGUUUUAACAAAUGCAGUUGUAAACAGGGGGAAGAAAAGAUAUAUUUUUGGGGGUGUGCUUAUUCUUUUAAUAGCAUUUCAUGUCCAUAACAGUUUGAUAAUUUUUGGUUUUGUUUUGUUUUUCUGUUUGUUUUCCUAUGGCUAUGGUACCAGAUUUCUUCUGAAAUCAAUUGAAUUUAACAAAACAUUUGUGGAAGGAAGAAGGGCCUGAUUCUCUUUUUUUAAUUGAGCAUCAAAGUAGAAACUCAUCAGCUGUUGUAGGAUACAAAUAAGUUUAAAAGAGCAAAACUAAAACCAUUUUUGUGUCUCAUGUUGUGUUUGGAUGCUCUUCCUAUUCACUGCAAGAUAUUCUCACAUCUGCAAGGUGUUUCUGUUUCCCCUUAAAUACUGUUAAGUAUAACCUCAAUCUCUUUGCAUGUGUUUUUUUUUCCAAGUUUUGUAUAUUAGUACUAGUGAAUCUGCCAAAAUGUGAAUUACACGUUUUCUACUGAAUUGAAAAAACUUUAACUUUUUAAAAAUAUUAUUAUUUAAAAGACUAUUUCUGUGCUGCCUUCUGUUGUCUGCAUUAUGUUUGUUGGUAAGUAAAGUAUGUACAUACACAUAAAUAUACACUGUAAAAAAGAAUCAUCUUUUUACAUGCAGCUGUAUUUGAACCAGUGCACAAAUUCAGCCAUAUCUGUUAAAUUUAAGGUGUAGUUUUAUCCAUUAGUGAACUAAAUAAGUCAGAGUUCUUACGUAACUGGAAGCCUCAUUUGGUAUCAAAAUAUCACAUACUGAUUGAUUCAGUAACUUUACAAUCCUGAUACUGAUUUUACGUAAUGAACUGUUAAUAAUUUGUUGUUUUAUAAAUUAUUUAAAAAAAACUAAAUGCAUCUUACCUGAGUUUGUUUUAUGUGUGAAUGUGCUACCAGUCUUCUUUUUUAUCAAAAUGGAAAAUGUCAGUAAGUAAAUGCUCACCAGCACUGCUUUGACCCACAGUUGUUUUCAGAACUGGAUGUACUCUAUAGUGUAUACUGAGCAGUAGCUUUGCUUGUAAAUCUUUUAUUAAUAGUAUUCUGGGGUUUGUUUGUUUUUUGUUUUAAUUCUUGGCUGCUAUGAACUACUGUGUUUUGAGUUAGGAGGUUGGAUGGCUACUACCGUUUAUGUUUCUACAGGAAAAAUAGCAACCUUCAUAGCUGUAGCUACUGACCUUAUAGUGCCUGAAAUGAAAUGUGCUGUUCCUGAGGGCUUUUAAUAACUCCAUUGUGUUAACUUGCAGAUAUUCUUGACAAUAUAUCGGUAAGAAUGAUUUGCCAAGGUAUAAAUGAUGACAAUUAAUUCUUACUUUCCUAAAUGUUGUGAAAACAAUCACUUCUAGAAUCUGAAGGAGAAAUGUGGGUAACUCAAAGGCUUACAUUUAAUUCAGGAGCGUAGGGACAAAAUGCUGAAACACGCACUUGCAUCUUUACUAAAGUCUUAUGCUACUUUGUUUUUCUCCAAGCAGCAGGCUUAGCAAUGCAAAUCCACUUUAUUUAGCAUCUUCCAAUUAGAAAUCACCGUAGAAGAAGAAUGUACUGUACUCAGGGAGUUCAAAAGAAUGCACUUGCAGAGGGACCAAAAUCACUGCAAAAUCCCAUGUUAAAAAUAACACCGACUUACCCAAACUAAUUUUUAAGUCAUCAAUGAGGAUGCUGUACAUGUUGUUGUAACUUCUAUAUAAUUCGUGAUGUCUUUGUAGUAAUUGUGUUCCAGGUUGAGAUGUGAUAAUCUAAAUCAGAUCAGUAGUUCUUUUUUUCUUAAAAGUGAUUUAUUGAGCAUUUUCUUCAACAGUUUUAACAGAAAGGGAGAAUUUAUGCCAUCGUAGCUGUGUUAGUAAGUCAUCUAUGCUGGUAGUGACUGGACCAAACACUGAUCUUCAGCCUUCCAGUGCAGACUAAGGCUUGCUUUUAAAUUUAAGUCUUCACUGAGUGAGAAAUAUAAUUUACUUUCUUAGUGGUUCCACUUAAACCCAACUGCAUUUACACUAAAACCUCAGUUCUACUGUGAGACUUGUGUGUACGUUGCCCUUUGUAGGUGCAGAGAUGACCUGAUUCCUGUAGGUGCUGGCUGUGUGCAAGUAAAAAGGUUCUUCUGUACCUAUUUCAGAGAAUAUUAGGGCACAAAAAAAAACAAAAAAAACCCCACCACCUUUUCUUCGCUAUUCUUUUUUUGUCACAGCCUCAUUUCUUAAUAAAUGUAUGGGGCAGCAGAAAUCUAAUCCUGCUUCAGUAAGCUUCAAGGUACUUAAUAUGUAGCUCACUCUGAAAGUAAUACCUCCUAUUUAUUUUCAUGGAAACUACAACAUGUACAAAGAGCACAGUAACACUUAGAGCAAAUUCUCAGCUACAAAACACUAUGUUUUACCACAGUUGCCACCAUUAGCUGUGCAUUCUCAGCAGUAAUGAACAAGAGCAUGCAUGCCAUGAUUGUAAAAAUCGGUAGCAGCGAAGGUGACCCACUGUUCCUCAGCUACUAUGAUGCAGCAUUGAAAAUGUUGCCUACACAGUCCUUCUUUCAUCAGCUUGAACAGAGGGAAAUCAGAAGGCCCCAAAUCCAGACUAUGUGGGAGGUGUGGUAGGACAGUCCAGUCAAGACUGGCAGUGUGAUCCAUGGUCUUCAAACAGUCAUCAUGUAACAGGAGAAAGGUUGUCUUUGUCUCUGGCCUGACUCUGGAAGUUGGAGCCUUCAGCUUAGUCAGCAUCAUAAUGCAUGGGUCAGAGUUGAUGGUUUGUGCAGGAUCCAGGAAAUCUGGAUGGAUCGCACCUUUCCUAUCCCAAAAGACGUUACUGUGCCUGCUGAGAGCUCUCUUGACUUUUUCUUUGAUGGGGAAUUCACAUCUUGCUGCUCCAAGGACUGCAUUUUUGACUCUGUCUCUCAGUGCAGACACCGCAUCUCAUCACUGGUAAUGGCGUGGUCUAGGAAACUGUCACCUUCAGCCUCACAUUGGUUCUGUAGGUCCUGACAAACUUCCAUACAGUGUUCUUUCUGUUCCUAUGUGAAGCAUUUAUGGCACCAACCUGGUGCAAACUCUGAUAUUUCAACCUUAUUUCUAACACAUUGAAGCAGAUACUUAUUCUUUACAGCUUCCUGAUUAUAAUCUGUAGAUUGACUUGGGUGAGUUUUGUAGUGUGACAUCUAUGUGUAGCCAUCCAGAAUGUGGCUUGUCUUCCAUGUCACUGUCACCACUGCUGAAACACACCACCUACCACUUCACUGUGCUCACACCCACUGUUGGACCUCCAGAAACGUUCUGCAAGUGUUGUACAUCAGUGGGUGCCAUUUUUCCACAUGAAGGAAUUGAGUUCCACACCAUUAUUUCAACUGUACUUCCAUCUCUAAUGUUGUAAGGCAACAUAAUAAAACAGGAGGCAUUACUUUUGGAACAGCCCUUGUAACAUACGGUUUUUUACUACAAGGGCUUGUCUGAGAAAUGGAUGUGGUUCUGGGAAUCUGGUCUUCCAUGAUUCGAGUGUAGUAAAUGGAUGUCACUUAAGACUUAAUUAGAAAUCUUGGUAAGGAUGGAAGUGUUUCAAGUUAUUUUUCAGGUCUGUAUUUAAGUAACUUCUGAGUUCUGUGGGCAAAGCAACUGCUAGUGAAGGCUUUGGUGUGUAUUGAUACUUGAAACAUUAAGAACCAGAUCAUUUUUAGGUGCUCUACUUUUAAGUUCCUGUUUAUCUCCAGCUGUCAAGAUGUUGUUCAGGUCUGUGAAAUUCUGGCUUGAACAGUUGGAGCCUCCAUGUAGUCAUGCCUUCAAGAAGCUGGCUGUAACCUUUUGAGCUUUAGAAACGAUUGGAAAUUGCUUGGGUUUAUAAUGGGAGUAUGUGAGAAUGUUUUGUUAAUUCACAUUUCUACCAUGCUUUUAUCGUUUCAAGCCUGAAUUGGAGGUGUAUGUUCUCUUUUCACUGUAGUGGAACUUGUGAGGCAGUUAUUUUUGCUAUGUUCUAUGUCAGAGGGGUAUUUUCUGCUUUAUGUGAAAGUUUGGGACUGUUUGGCUUUAGUAUUUACCUCCAGAUUGUUGAGUUCAAAUAAAAGCGAAAGCAAUCUGGGUAAAAGGAGGGAGGAUUUUAGAAGCACCUUUCACUUGUCAAGAAGGUAAGUCGCAAUCUUUGACUGAUCAGUUUGAGGGGGUUUUGUCUAUUUCCACCCCAUCCUUCAUGCAGCACCUGCAAAUCUGAUCUUGCCUCGAUAUUUAAAACUCAAUGUGUGACCUCCUUUAAGAUUGCAAGUGUACUUGCCUUUCCUUAAGAAGGUGGACAUAGUGAGUUACAGUCUAGUUUAUUCAUGCUUAUAGCAAAAAAUUAACGGCUUCACUUCUUAAUUUAGCAUCUAACUCCAGGAAGGGGUUUUGUUUCCAAAUGGGCCAGGAUGGAUAAAAAGCACAGUGCUUCUGUGAGUUGGUUGAAUGCUGCCUGUUGCCAUUCAGCGUGCUGUUAUCUCUGUUUUAACAGAUAAUUCUUUUCAGAAUACUACGUAAGGAAAAAAUAGCUUAUUUUUUCCCCACGAGGUGUUGGCAGUGGUUUCACAGUGGGAGGAAUUGGGCUGAAAAAAAAGACAUCCUUUUGAAAUUCUUUCUCCUUUGAUUCAGCUGGAGGGAGGCAGUAAUUUUUCAAAGGAUCUGCUAUUUCAGAAAGCUCUACCAGCGAGAGGGGCUAGUAGCUGUGUAUCACAUACCUGGCAGCCUGCUUUUGUUACCACCUUUGAAACAUGCAGAUGCCCCACUUUCUGCAGUGUGGUAGCAGACCUGUUCAUACUAGUUCUAAGGUUCUGUGACUGUAAUGUUUCUCCAGUCUCUGAGGUUUGCAGCCAUUAUUUCUUACAGACCUCCUGCUUUAGAAAUGCAAGGGCUGCCUUUUUUUUCCUGCCGACAGUACGGUACAUAUUUGCGUCAGGAACGAAGCGCUGAUGCUCAGGAAGUAAAGGAUAACAUUCAGCAGGUUCAAAUGAGAGAACAAAAA